AUGAAGGGCCUCUACCAAUUCAUUGCCGGCAGCACCGCCGUCUAUUCGGCUAUGGCCGCUCCUAUGGGUACAGCUGGGAAGCUUGAGCGUAGCACAAAUAUUUGGACUGCUGCUGCCCAGGCAGAUGACACCAUCCAGGGCGACCAGGGCCCUGGACGGAAGCGCAGCACGAACAUCUGGACUAAGGCAGCGACUGCUGACGACGAGAAGCGCAGCGAGGCUAUUUGGAACAUUGCUGCUGCUGCUGAUGAUGAUACUGCCAAGCGCGGUACAACGAUCUGGACCGUGGCUGGGGGUGCUGAUACCAAGCGUGCUGAAUCGAUCUGGACCAAGGUUGGAGACAGCACUGCAAAGCGUGGGGAAUCGAUUUGGACGACCUCCAUUGAUGACACGGCCAAGCGUAGCCAGUCAAUUUGGACCAAAGCAGGAGAUGCCACUGCCAAGCGCAGUGAAUCGAUUUGGACAAAGGCUGGAGAGAACGAUGCUAAGCGUAGUGAAGCCAUCUGGACUGUCGCCGCCACAGCCGAGGACGAUGCUGCGCAGUGA